AUGUCUGCCACAUUUUCCUAUGCGCAAGCCGCAAAGGGCGUUGCUGCACCAUCAAGCGCGACGAAACCACUCCCCGACUCGCCUGCCGAGGCCAAGGAGGCCACUAACGUGUCCACGCAGGACGCCAAUGCUUCAGCUCGCAGCUGGGCAGAGGACGUGGAGAUUGAGUCCAGACCCAAUCCCCCUACACAAUCCCGCGAGCCUCGCUCGCAGAGCUCUGGUUCCAACAUCGGUAGAGUGUCACGUUCGGUAGACACAUCCAGUGUAUCCUCGCCAGAUCUGGGAGCCUCGUCUUCUUCUACUGUCACCAAGGACGAUGAUGUUUCUUCAAUACCCAACACUUCCUCCGAGUCGACGUGGGACAAUAAGUCGCAAGCUUCGACUUCUGUCGAAAAACCUGCCGAGCCAGCGGAGAAGACCGCCGAGAAGGUGAAAAAGGGCAAGAAUGCCAUCGUGAAGCCUCUGCAAGAGGCCCCUCCACCUGCUGUAAACAUCUGGAAGAUGCGCGCGGAUGAACAGAAAGCAAAAAUCAAGCAUAAUCCAGCACUCACCACAAAUGGAGUUCCCACGCCUACCACCAAUUCCAUGAAGAGAAGCGACUUGGUUGCCCAAGACAAGAUUGGAGUAGAAAGUAGAAGCAGGGCGCGUGACGACGCCAAUUCAGGCCGCAAAGACUUCAGAGGGGACACUGAUGCCCGAAAAGGCGUCAAGGGCAGAGUCUCCGAAAAGGAUACGAAAGCGUCCGCAGGCGUUCUGCCUCCACCACCCAAUCGUGAUCAGGAGUCAUGGCCUACACCAGACAUCGCUAUCGAUGAAGAUCGUAAAAAGGCACAGGAGAAGGUUGAGAAGCCCGAGAAGGACCGUAAAGAUGGUGCUGCCUCUGGCAAGCAUGAGUGGGUGAAAGUCCCAUACACUCCAUCCGUGGUUUUCAACACGCCCUUACCCAACGCCGCAAAUGCGCGCCGAGGUGGACGACCAGGAGGUCGUGGUGGAGCGCAGAAUAGCGGUCGGCCCUCAGGUUCACCCAGCAACGGGGCUCGACACACCGAUAAGGAAGGUUCAGAGGCUGACCCGGCACCUAACGGAGAGCAGGCAAAACGGGAACGCCACGAUGGAGCUCUCGCCCACGAUGUGUCUCCAAAGGCGAAACGCAACGGCGUUGUCACCUCCACGCUGAAUCCCGAAGCACCUGCUAUGAACGGAGAUGCGAACCCCAAGUCUGUUGGACCUGCAACCUCUGAUGCAGAUUCACAAGCCAAAGGAACUCCAGAUUCUGGGACAUUCCCUGGUCACAGUAGCUUAAAUUCACGUCCGUUCGCCGGAAGGUCCAACAAAGCCCGCCGAGCCGAUUUUUCUGGCGCCGGGGAGCGUAGACGAGAUGAUGGAUCAUCACCAACCAAGGAUAACACCUUUGAUGACCGCCGUGCGUCUGUGCCAGUGCAGAGUGAGGUAACUGCAGAUGGUGAGCGACGAGCUGCUUUCCAUCAUGAUGGACCCAACGGUAACCAUUCCAAACAAGGAAGGUACCCUUCAUUUCCUGGCGGUCGAGGCGAACGUGGUCGCGGUGGCCGUGGUACACGAUCGAGCUAUCCAAACGGGCAUCAAUACAUGAACGGACACCACUCGGUGCAGUCAUCUUCAACGUUCCCGAUGGGACCUCGUUCACCAACUGUUCUCAACUCUGAGAACGGGAGCUUUUUUCCCCAGCCUCAGGGCAAGUACAGUCGGAACGCACACCGAUCACAAUCGGUGACAGCCACAGACCCGUAUCGGUUCCCACCCUAUCAGAAUGGACCAACAGCUCCCAUGCCAGGUUAUCCGUUAUAUGAAUACAAUAUGAUGUCGCCAAUAAGUCCGGUGCCUUUUACGAACUACGUAGUUGAUCACUAUGCCCUUUUCAAUAUGAUCACUACUCAAGUGGAGUAUUACUUCUCUAUCGACAAUCUUUUGAAGGACAUGUAUCUGCGUCGCCACAUGGACUCACAAGGAUUUGUUUCCUUGGAAUUCAUUGCAGGAUUCAACCGAAUCAAAACUUUGUCUUCGGACUUGGAGUUGAUCAAGCUUGUUUGCCAGCAAUCUGCUGAUAUCGAAUACCGCACCAGCGAGCACGGUCAGGAUCGCUUACGUCGUCGUGAUGGAUGGGCACAGUGGGUGCUCAAGAUGGACGAGCGAGAUGAGUCGGCGCGCAAUGAAGGCCCCAAGGAACUACACCAACCUCCUGUUCCUCGGCCUGCAGGCUUUGAGCAGCCGGCUCCAUUCCAUAAUCCCUACAGCAGUGCAGACGCAUUUAAUCAAACCAACGGAUCAUUGGGCGUAUCACAGGACGCUACAGUGCCUUCAACAAUUGAUCUCCAGAGCGCAACUACCAAGGUGCCGGAGAGUGCUGUCAAUUCGACUGAUCGACCUAUGGAAGAAUCAAUCAAGGCUCAUGACGGGGGACCACCAACUAGGUGUCACGAAUCUGCACGGACCGACUUCUUCAGCGACAGUACGAAAGCCAAGACCAAGAUGACCCUGUUCUUUCAUACUCCCCUUACUCUGCACAUGAAUUAUACCACAGGACCCGGCCGAGAGCUCCAGCAGCGCCAGGAUGUAGAUCUGGGUACUCUGCGUCGUAACAUGAACGCUCUCCAUCAGUUCCGGUGGCUCUUUUCCAUUCAAAAUUUCAAUACCCGAAUGUACGACAAAUUUCGCCAGUUCACUCUGGAAGACUCUUUCGGUACAAAAAUCGAUGUUGGACUUUCAUAUUUGAUCGAAUAUUACGGCGAAUAUUUGUUAUCGCCGCAUAGCAUGAUACGACAAUGUGUAGCUUCCGAUUUCGUGGAGCCGGUGCAUAGGGCAAUUCGGUAUGUCUCGUCAUCCAGCAUUGGAAGUAUGACGAUCAGUCUUGCAAGAUGA